AUGACAAGGGAAUUCCAAUUUAUGUAUUUAUACAAUAUUUUCAAAAGAAAUGACAUUAAUUCGAGCCUUUUGGCUUAUAAAUAGAGCACGCUGAACAGAGGCAGAGAGACAGCAGCAGCAGCAGCAGCAGCAGCGAGUCCUCUUUGAUCUGGUAAUUUGCUCUGUGAUUCGAGGGAGAAAAGCCCAGGAGGAUGGCAAUGGAGGGAUCCGUGAUCGCAUGCCAAACCCCCAGCGACUGGAAUCGCCAAAUCCUGCUCGCCAACGCAGCCAGGAAGCUGGUGGUGGUCGACUUCACCGCUCCCUGGUGCGGGCCUUGCCGUGUGAUCGCCCCUCUCUUCUCCGAGCUGGCCGAGAAGUUCCCCGGUGUCAUCUUCCUCAGGGUGGACGUCAACCAACUGAAGAGGGUUGCCAUGGAUUUGGAAGUCGAGACGCUGCCGACGUUCGUCUUCCUGAAGGAGGGGCGCGUGGUGGAUAGGAUCGUCGGGGCGCGUAAAGACGAACUGCCCAAGAAGGUGGUGCUCCACAUGCCCAAGUACUACUGAAUGCUCCGAUCGCUGCGUGCCCGUGCAGUUAAUUUCUCUGCUGAUUGCUAAUUGUUCUUGGAAUAAUACGGUCUAUAAUUUGGCUAGCUAUCAGAGUUAAUUUACUUCUUCUGUAAUAAAACAUGAUACUGAGUUUUGUCGAUUCAGCUCAUGAUUGUAUUCACUAUUUAUUUAACGCAUAUAUAUAUGUCUACCGUUGGGAUUUACAAACUAUUA